GGGAACUGUCAUCAACUGAACAUUGGAACAUUUCCAUCUUCAAGGACUGGAGUUCACAGCAUAAGACUAAAAGUCUAACACGGACAAAGUUUCAGGACCUUCCUUAAAGACCGGGGACAAGAUGGCCAUGGAUCCUCAGACCAACGUUACAUUUCCAUCUAACGUCUCCGCUUUGGUUCUGAAUGACACGACAAACUGUAGUGGAUGUCCUGCCAUGAACGCGGCGAUCAGGAACAAUCAUACGGCCACGAACAUAACUCAAACCGGCGCCUUCCCCUACUCUCUGGGUGGCGGCAUUGCCGUUGGAUUCACCGUAUCCUCCGUCAUGUUUCUCAUUAUAGUUGGUAAUAUCCUUGUGUGUGUGGCGGUAGGGAUAGAGAAGAAACUCCAAAUCCAUCAAAACUUCUUCCUAGUUUCCCUAGCGGCAAGUGACAUUAUGUUGGGUGUUAUGAUCAUGCCGUUCUCGCUUGUUUACGAAAUCAUGGGUUACUGGGUGUUUGGGCAGGUGUGGUGCGACAUGUGGCUAGCCUUGGACGUGUUCUUCUGCACGGCGUCCAUCUUCAACCUGUGUCUCAUCGCCAUCGAGCGCCACCGCUGCGUCACCAACCCAACCGCCUCCAUGGGUGGGAGCAAGAGGCGACAACUGUACCUCAUCGUGGGAGCUUACAUCGCGGCAGCCGCCGUCUCUCUCCCUCCACUGUUUGGGUGGAAGGAGGUCCAGCAGCCGAAGGGUGGCCUCCCACAGUGCCCGCUGCGCGUCAACCCCGGAUACGUCUUGUUCUCCAUCACCAUGAGCUUUUACAUCCCCUUGGCAGUUAUGAUCAUAGCCUAUGUCCGUCUGUUCCAGGCCACCCGCGCCCAAUUCAGGAAGAAGCUCGGCGCCCCACGACAAGACACCAGCGCUACUUCAACCCCCACCGUCACUCCCUCCUGCUCCCGCAAUAACCUGACACAAAUCACCACCAUCGCCCCAUCGGGUCCUGUUAGUUGGUCAAGCAAGAAGCCAAACAAACUGCAGUUUCACAUGAAACUGAACGAACCAAUCGGCACGACAAAUGCAGGCAUCAGCCAAGUAAACGGCACACCCGAAAAGGCCGCCACAGCCACUAACCCGAUUCCUCCCCAGCCCUCCCCGCUAAAGGCAGCAGAUGUCAACAAGCACAAGGAUAAGAAAGAUCCUGCGGGCCUGAGAAUCCGCCACAGUCGAGCACGGCACGUACAGUCCAAGGAACGCCGUUUUACUCUCAUUAUCGGACUGGUCAUGGGAGCUUUCAUCAUUUGCUGGUACCCGUUCUUUCAACUCUAUCCUAUCAAAGUACUGUGUAAAACGUGCCAUGUUCCUGACGAACUGUUCGGUUUCUGGUUCUGGGUCGGCUACUGCAACAGCGCGCUAAACCCCAUCAUUUAUACCGUGUUUAACGUGGACUUCAGGAAAGUUGUGGUCCGGAUUCUCACAUGUGGAAAACGUGGGGCCAGUCGGCCCUAAGCAGAGAAUCAUCGUCACACGGCCUGAACUAGAACUAAAACGUUACACAUGCAGAUUUCUGAUGAAUCGUAAGCCAAAGCCAAAGUACGUGUUAACACAGAAAGCGAUUGAAGGAAAGGAAUACUACAUUACUAUUGUACAAAUUAUCAUCGAUUGUACACACACAGACACACAGACACACAAAGCACA